CCGCAUGACUUUCCUACUCUUCUUCUUAUCCUUCACAACAAAUCAAGAAUGAAAACUAUACAUUGUUCCACUUACAUGUGUUAAGCAUAUAGCUAGCGUUCCUUUGUAAAUAAUACUUAUAUUGUAUAUAAUAUUUUCUUGAAAAUAACUAUGGAUCAUUCGACUUGCAUGUGUUAAGCGUAUAACUAGUUUUCCUUCAUAGAUCUCUGAAUUUCAAGAAAUACUAAUACUAAUACUAAUACUUACUGUAUAUAAUAUUUUCUUGAUAUGUAACAAUUAUGAAGCAUAUAGCUAGCGUUCCUUAGUAGAUCUUCGGAUUUAUAUAUAAUCUUGCAUUACUAGUAUAAUACUCUUGCGUAUAUAUAUUUUCUUGAUAGUUAUGGAUGCGUAUUGUACGGACUGUAAGAAGAGCACAGAAGUGGUGUUUGAUCAUUCAGCAGGAGAUAUGGUAUGUUCAGAAUGUGGUUUAGUUUUGGAAUCACAUUCGAUUGAUGAAACAUCAGAAUGGAGAACUUUUGCUAAUGAGUCUGGUGAUAAUGAUCCUGUUCGUGUUGGAGAUCCUACUAAUCCUUUGCUGUCUGAUGGUGGUUUAUCAACUGUGAUCUCGAAGCCUAAUGGAACUACUAGUGAUUUCUUGACGUCUUCUUUGGGUCGAUGGCAGAGUCGUGGGUCGAAUUCUGAUAGAUCUCUUAUCUUGGCUUUUAAAGCCAUUGGUGUUAUGUCUGAUAGGUUGGGCCUGGUUGCAACCAUAAAGGACCGAGCUAAUGAGAUAUACAAGAAGGUAGAAGAUCAAAAAUCUAGUAGAGGAAGGAACCAGGAUGCUAUAUUGGCUGCUUGCUUAUAUAUUGCUUGUCGACAAGAAGAUAAGCCUCGAACUGUGAAGGAAAUUUGCUCUGUCGCGAAUGGAGCUUCAAAGAAGGAAAUUGGCCGAGCAAAGGAAUACAUUGUGAAACAACUAGAGCUCGAGAUGGGUCAAUCUGUGGAAAUGGGAACUAUACAUGCUGGAGAUUUCAUGCGACGCUUUUGUUCAAAUCUCGGGAUGACAAAUCAGACAGUUAAAGCCGCUCAAGAAGCUGUAAAAAAAUCAGAGGAGUUUGACAUAAGGAGAAGUCCCAUUUCGAUUGCUGCAGCAGUUAUCUACAUAGUCACUCAGCUUUCGGAUGACAAGAAGCCAGUUAAAGAUGUUUCACUUGCAACUGGAGUUGCAGAAGGCACGAUCCGGAAUUCAUUCAAGGAUCUAUACCCUUAUCUCUCAAAGAUUAUACCAAGUUGGUAUGCACAAGGUCAGGACCUAAAGAACCUCAGCAGUCCUUGAUGAGCUAACUUAACCAUGUCAACACGUUGCCAACUUCGCGAUAAUGGCUUCAAGAAUGUUGUGUAUCGGAGGACCCUUCGAUGAAAUUAACACGAAGGGAAGCUUAUUUUAUCGCGAGAUAUGGGAUAAUACACAUUAAACUAUUAGCUCUUAGGGGAGAUCUUCAUGUUGUUAAAUUGCAAGUUGUAAAUGCUUUUUCUGAUACUCUUUCUUCAUAGAUUACUGGACUGAUAUUGACGUGAAAAUGUAGUUUCGAAAGA